AUGCCGCGAACCUACAUUAGGGUUCUUCUGGUAUUUCAAACAGCAGCAUCAACAUCACCGAUCACGCAGCAUCUUCAGCAUGGUCUUAAUAAGCUUUUGAAGCAAGUGCCUUGGCUAUCUGGUCGAGUCUUUCCUAGCACAUCGAACCAGCACAAGGCCUCUCUUGAGAUCCGUUCCCAUGAAGGCAAUGCACCGACCUUGGUCGACAAGGGCUCGAUAGCUGCGUCGUACGCGAUCCUGUCUCCGCAUGGGUUUUCAAUGGAAACUAUUCCAUCCAAGGUCUGGCCAGUACCAAGCAUUAUUGACGACAAUCUUUUCGCGACGGCGGCCCCAGUCUUCGCCGCCAGUCUCUUCCGCUUCGCCGACCGAGGCGUGGGCACGACAAAGGCACCGACCACCAACGUCGUGAUCUACGCCCUGCUCUGGACGAGCAUCACCCGGGUGCGCACCCGCCGCCGGCACCACCCAUCAGCCCUGGAAAGCAACGAACCGAGUCGACUGGUGACAGCCAUCAACGACCGCCAACGCCUCUACCAGGGCUUUCCGGGCCCCGAACAUCCCUAUCUCGCCCUGGCCAGCGCGGAUGAGGAUCCGGUCCGUGCACUCGCCACCAUCUGUGACCGCAUAGCGGAGUCGCAGUCGCCUGCCCGGGUCAACUCGCGGUACAUCGCCGAGGCCUACGGUCUUGUCGACUUCAUGGAGGACUAUCGAAGGCUCUUUGUGGGCAGGGAUAUGUUCGGGUCGCGGGACCUGACUAUCACCAAUUGA